UUACGGCUACCUUCUGCCUUCCUCGAAAACCGCCGGAGAACACAAGCCGACGGCAUCGGCAGUAUUUACCGACCGAAGUGAAGAGCAGAGCAUUAAGUGCUUUUGAUCUGGUUUAGUAGAUUUUUCAGACCGAGUUAUCUGAAAGAACAUGACUUGUACUGAAGUGCCGUAGAAGAAAAUGGUUCAUGUGGCAGAGGUGUGUGCGGAGUGCACCCAGAAUUGUCUCUUGAUGCAUAAAAAGGAUAAAAAUCCAUCACCUGUUGCUACUACGUUCUUCAAAGUCAUGUUUGGUGACGAAUAUUCCAAAGUUCUGUUCCUGCCUCCUAGAUUUGCUCAUAGUGUACGGAACAUGGUUGGUAAGGCAACUCGGCUUGAGGAUUUAAGUGGUGAGAAAUGGACAGUAAAAUUCACUAUGAUUGAUGGCUUCUUGGCUUUUGAAGAAGGUUGGAAUGCAUUUUCAACUGCUCAUGGGUUAAAGGUGGGAGAUUUCUUAGUUUUUCAUUACAUCAUGGAAUCUCACUUUGUUGUCUUGAUGUAUGGACAAAGUGGUUGUCCUGAAAUCCAACACUUCGGAUUUAAUCAGCACCAGAUGGAAGACACUCGGAAAAAGCAAAGAUUGGUUACUGAUAAUACUAAUAGUAAACCCUCAAAUGUGAACACUAACGACCAUCAUAUUUCAUGUGAACCUUCUCAAUCUGAACAUUCUGACAACGAGCAUCCUGAAAUUAGACACUCUGUAGGCACUCAACACAAAGAAGAAAGAAUUAAGAAAAAAGAAACAGCUGUGCAGUUACCACCAAGUGUCAAUGCUAAGAACACUUGUAAUCAUUUGCUUGCUUCGACUUCUCGACCUGGGCCCUCUGUUUCAGGUAAAGAAUUGGUUAGAGACGAGAACCCUGAUAACAUGGUGUCUGAGACUCCAACUGUGAAGCAGUUUUGUUUGGUYGAUAAUGAUAUUGAACAUGUAGAAGAUGAACACAGAAGCACUUUGAUAAACAGAUUUCAUCUUGACCGACUCCCCACCCAAAAAAGAGCAAUUGAGAAUCUCGAGGACCUUUUUGAACGUCUGUCUUCAAGAGACUCUUUACAUGACUUGUCAAUCCCUGAAAUUAACCCCCGUGAAUCUGACGAUGUCCGGAAAAACAAUGUAGCUUUCGGAGGCGGUGGAAAUGCAACUCAAAUUAACAAAUCUGGGAAGACGUUAGAAUCACGAUCCGAGGAGUCAAGGGAGAAUCCCAAGAAAAGCACCAUCAUGCCAAGUGAAGCCACAUGCAACAAUUCUAUCAAGAAGAGAUUGAGGAGCUCGAGCCUUCCAAUUGCAUGGCCAAAGAUGGCUAAAAAAGAACCGGCCGGGGCAAGCGAAACCGACACCUCAGGUUCAAGAUUGCAUGAUGCCUUCUGUCCCUCCCCCUCCACUGGGAUUUUUCCUAAAUCAAUAGCUAAACCAAUGAAAGUGACCAAAAAGGAGCUAUUAUCAAAUGAAUGCGAGUUGAAGGAUACCGAGACAGGUCUCCUCCAUAACUCUCCUGCAGAAAAAGAUAACGAUGGAUUUGUCAAGCCUGAGCCUGUUGACUAUGACGAGGCGCUUCCGCCUGGUCCCACCAACUCUUUAUUUUCUGCGGUGAUGAGUAGUUACCAUUAUCUUGAAUUGCCGGAAUGGGUGAAGUUGAAAAAGGUAAUUCUUCUGAGAAACGGUGGUGAUCUUUGGCCAGUUUUAUAUCAAAACCAGUUGGGUUUAAAGGCUUUGACACAAAGUUGGCAAGCGUUUGCAAAGGAAAGAGGCAUUCAGCCAGGAGACAACUGUGAAUUUGUGCUGGAAAGCGAACCAAAUGCCGACUUACCUUGUAGCGUGUUUAGAGUACAUGUUACUGCUAAAUAGUGUAAGUUGUACUCAGAUUCGACGUGUUUUUUCUUUUUUGGUGGUUUGUGGGAAUUCUGUUUUUGGAUGCAACUUUCAAGUGCAUAGUAAAUGUCGUAAAAGCAGGUAAUGGGUUUUUGUUGUCUCGUAUCGAGUUACAAGUGACUAUAAACUCUAAGAACAUGUAUAUUUUGUUCAUCAGUGUAUUAUCAUGUUUUUAUGAUGUUUCAA